CAACACUGGUAGUUCAGCGACAGCUCUUGACAGCAUUUGGCGAACUUUUCCAAGCGGGAGAUUAUAAAUACAAAGAGUGGUUUCACAAGUGAAAAAAGAUUUUUAGAUAGUAAAAGGUGUUCCAGAACAAUUAUACGAGAUUUAUCGACCAAGACACAUUCCAUUGCAAUUUCCACGUUACAUAGAUGCAAAAGACAUCAAGAGAGAAAUAGAAGAGAUACGGCAACGCAUUGAAAGCAAUACUAUGAUGAAUAUGGACAUACAGACAAAUGUCAUAGCAGAAAUUGAUCGAUUGAGACAAGACAACAUGGAUAUGGCUGCAAUAUUAGACCGGGAGGAAAUAUUUUAUGGACACACAAACAUUUAUGAAGAAGUAACCAGACUCCGAUGUAUGAAUUUGAGACUUAAGGCUACCAUGGACCUACAACAAAUAGACGAUAUCGGCAAACGGCACAACAGGCCAUGUAUUCGUGCCAGAACUACACAAGCAGAUUCUACAUACAAUGGAUCUAACAAGCAAGAGAUCAGCCGAUUGAGCACUGGAAUUUCAAAUCACGGAGAACGAGAUCGUUCGACACUCUGCGCAACAGACGACGACGCUUCCUCCGAGGAUAGAGACUCCAACAUGAAUUCCGUAAGAGAAUCUCCCUCGGAGACAGAGGAAAUGUUGUUCAUCGUGCACCCUACAAGGAGUCCAUCCGGAACCGUGGUCACUUACGAUCUACCUGAGGAUGUGACCGGAAUGGACUUGUAUGGCUGUCUAGACAAGAGGAACAUACGUGUCCACGUGGAGCCCAUACGGCAAUUAUAUGAAGAGGACAUUCCUCAUUAUCGCAAUAUUUUAAUUGAGGAUGUCGAAAUACGAGAAAUCUAUUCGUCAAAAAGCUCGGAUAUGACAACUGGGAAUCCUAUAAAAGAGCACGAGUCAUCGUUAGCAGUGACAGACAUCCCAACAGACGGGGACAACCAUCUGGACAUCCCCUUCAUGGGAGUCUCUGACCAGGAGGGACAGGGUGAUGUAUCCAAGCUGGAUCCGAGAGGCUUGGUAUCUGACUCAGAUGUCACACGGAUUAACCAGAACCAAGAACAAGAUCUGGUGGCCAUUGUCGAACAACAGAGAUAUGCUGAUUACAUAGAGUCUUGCAAAACAACCAUACACCUGUGUAGUGUCGUCAUAGAGAUGUGCGCCAACAAAAUAGGCAUUCCGGGGCAAGAUUUCCUGACCAAAAACGUUUCCAACAUGGAUGGCCCUGAGCAUUCAAAGCCAGUACCAGAAAAGGGAAGCAAUGUCAAUUUCAGCGAAAACGAAACUUUAGGUUCGCAUAAACAGAUAUCGUAUACAGAUGUCCAGAUCCCUAAAAACAUCGUGUCUCAUGAGAAUGAGCCAGUGGAGUCGAGUUCCCUGGAGGUGACGGACAUAAUAGAGGAUGCCAUAGGGAACAGACACUUACCCAUCCCCUUUAAAGUCAUACCAUACGGCCACCGGAGGCCAAAGUGUGUCCCUAAACUGGACCUGACAGGAUUGGCGUCCGAGUCUGAUAUUGACGUCGCCAAGAUAUCUGGCUAUGACAUAUCAUGGCUAUUUCCUGGUCCUAACACUGGCAACGACGCAAGUGUGAUGUCACAUAAACGGUCAUCUCACCAUCAUGAGAUUUAUUCUUCAAAAAUUUCGGGUAUGAAAACUGUGAGUCCUACAAAGGAACAUGAGUCAUCAUUAGCUAUGACAGACAUACCAAAAGACGAUGAAAGCCAUCUGGACCUCCCCUUCAAGCUGGCUUCCUCUUCUGACCAGGAAAGACCGAAUGGUGUAUCGAAGUUAGACCUGAGAGGCCUGGUAUCCGACUCCGACAUUAACAUCGCACGGGUUGACGAGAAUACGGAACCAGAAUUAGUGGCCAACGUCGAAGAGCAGAGAUAUGCUGAUUACAUAGAGUCUUGCAAAACAACCAUACACCUGUGUAGUGUUGUCAUAGAGAUGUGCGCCAACAAAAUAGGCAUUCCGGGGCAAGAUUCCUGGACCCAAAAUGUUUCCAAUAUUGACCAUCCAGAGCGUUCCUCGCAUGUAGAAGAAGAAAGAAAGGAUUUCGAUGCUAUGAGCCCUAAAAAAGUCGUGUCUCAUGGUAAUGAGCCAGUGGAGUCGAGUUCCCUGGAGGUGACGGACAUCAUAGAGGAUGUCAUAGGGAACAGGCACUUACCCAUCCCCUUUAAAGUCAUACCAUACGACCACCGGAGGCCAAAGUGUGUCCCUAAACUGGACCUGACAGGAUUGGCGUCCGAGUCUGAUAUUGACGUCGCCAAGAUAUCUGGCUAUGACAUAUCAUGGCUAUUUCCUGGUCCUAACACUGGCAACGACGCAAGUGUGAUGUCACAUAAACGGUCAUCUCAGCAUCAUGAGAUCUUUCAGUCAAGAGGAUCGGAUAUGUCAGCUGAGAAUCCUAUAGGAGAACGUGAUUCAUCAUUAGCUAACACAAACUUCCCAAAAGACAAGGGCAGCAAUCUGAACAUCCCCUUCAAGAGAGUUUCCUCUUCUGACCAGGAUAGACCGAACGGCGUUUCAAAGUUACAGCAGGACAGGCCGGAUCCUGUAUUCAAUCUAGAUCCGAGAGGCAUGGUAUCCGACUUCGACAUUAACAUUGGCCGGUUUGACAAGAACACUGAACCAGAAUUAGUGGCCGACGUCGAAGCACAGAGAUAUGCCGAUUAUAUAGAAUAUUGUAAAGCUACCAUACACCUGUGUAGUGUCAUCAUAGAGAAAUGCGCCGACAAAAUUGGCAAUUCUUGGCAAGUGGCUCAGGUCCCUAAAGAAGUCGUGUCUCAUGGUAAUGAGCUAGUGGAGUCACAUUCCCUGGAGGUGACGGACAUCAUAGAGGACGUCAUAGGGAACAGACACUUACCCAUCCCAUUUAAAGUCGUACCAUACGGCCACCGGAGGCCAAAGUGUGUCCCCAAACUGGACCUGACAGGAUUGGCGUCCGAGUCUGAUAUUGACGUCGCCAAAAUAUCUGGCUAUGACAUAUCAUGGCUAUUUCCUGAUCCUAACACUGGCAACGACGCCACUGGGAAGCAGCAUAAACGUAAACCAUCAGAUUUGAAGAAUUCCUCUAUCAAAAUAAAUAGUGCUAACAAGGAAAGGAACAGGUAUAUGACAUCACCAAACAAAGGAAAUAUAAAGCGUGCCCGUGUCCACUUUAGGGACGUAGACAGCGUGAUAUCCGACCAUUACCUUGAUGACCGGGACGAUGUCCCCUGUAUAGAUCUGAGUCAGGAAGUCUCUAGUAUCCGACCGGUCAAGGAAGGACAUAUUGUAAAAGAAUUUCUAAGCUCUGACGACGAAUCCCCACGGGACACAACUCUGGAUUGCGCCCCAGAAUUGCCUUACGCAGGACUCGAAAAAGAAGAUUUGAUGAACGACUUACCUCGGGGAUCAAAGUUGGAAGAAUCUGAAUUUGUUGACGAUGAUGUAGGACAUUUGAACCUUAACAUGUCGGCAAUUACCAUACCUGGCCACGGUCACCAAACCAGAAAAAAUCCUUACAAAAAGGAGAUUUGUUUUCAAGACAGGACAUGGUACCAAAUUUACAGGGAUCCUGGUGAUGUUAACGUCAAAUCGAGAUAUUAGCCUCACCAUGCCAUCCUGGAAAGGACACGUCGUUGAUGCAUCCGUGACUUCUGUCAUAAUUCUAUCGCUGUUCGAUUCAAAUAUAGAUUCCUUAAUAUAUGGAUAUGAAAAUAUGACCGGAAUGACUUUGUUUGCAAUAAAU